AUGUCCGAAGUCUUUAGCUCCAUAACCCCUUUAUCGAAAAAGGAAGAAAUUUCUGUUAAACAAAUUUAUGCUUAUUUAUUAAAAUCAUGGGGUUACGAUGUUAAAUUAACUUUGAAAGAAAUUCAUGAAGAAAGUAAAUUUAUUGGUUCUGCAGAUGCAAAUCAAUGUAAUUCAAAUAAUUUCCAAUCUAGUGGGUUGACAGAAGAGACUCGUAAAACAUAUUUUCUGGCUAGAAAAAAUUUACAUUAUCUAGAAGGAGCACCAAAUGAUACUUCUCUGGAGGAGACUUUGAAUGAAAAAUCAAGCAAGACCCGUAGCAGCAAACAUUUCCAUCAUCAUGUUAAAGUCAAUAAAGACAUUACUCAUCAUUUAUUGACCAAGUAUAAUCCAGAGGAGAUGCAUUCAAGUUUUUUAAACAGUCUUCGUAAUGAUACUUUUGAUCUUAAUACCAUGCGUUAUGUCGUGGCACGUGACUUUCAUGUUGAAAAUUCCUUACAGAUGUUAAUCAAGUGUUUGGACUGGAGAUGGAAUUCUCAUCAAGUUGAUGAUUGGGUAUACGCUGGGGAUGCCGAAAUUUAUUGGAAAGGUAAAAAGAAGGAAUUUAUUGAAGCUUUCAAAUUAAACCAAGCUUAUUUAAGAGGUCAUGAUAAGGAAAAUCGUCCAAUUUGUGUUAUCCAUGUUCAAAAACAUUUACGUUCAAAUUGUCCUGAUCAUGAUUUUGAACAUUUUAUUUGUUUGAUUAUUGAAUGGUUUAGAUUGGGAUUUAAACCAAAGGAAGGCGUAAGUAAAGGUAGUAUUUUAUUCGAUAUGACUGGAUUUGGAAUGAAGAAUGCUGAUUUGGCUGCAGUUAAAUUUUUGGCUUCAAUGUUUGAAGCUAACUAUCCAGAAUGUUUAGGAAUGAUUUGGGUUCAUAAUGCUCCUUGGAUUUUUAAUGCGGUUUGGAAAAUCAUUAAAGGUUGGUUGGAUCCAGUGGUUGCUUCCAAGAUUCGUUUUACUAAAGGUGAAAAAGACUUGGGUCAAUAUAUUGAUUCAAAAUAUAUUCCUAAAGCUUUAGGUGGGUCUGAUACUUAUAAAAAUGAAUACCUUCCUCCUUCUAAAGAAACUGAUGAUCGUAAACCAAAAGAUGAAGAAUUUGGUAAAUUUGUUGAAGAACGUGAUGAAUUGGUUGCAAAAUUCAUGCAAUCUACCAUUAAUUGGAUUCAAGCAAAAGACGCUCAAGAAUCUGCUUUCUACUUGAAGGAACGUGAUGGAAUUCAAAAUACUUUGAGUUCAAACUAUAAAAAAAUUGAUCCUUAUAUUCGGACUAGAGGUGCGUUUGAAAGAAAUGGUCAAUUAAAAGUUGAAUAA